UCCCCCCCCUUCCUCUGCAGGGCUGCAAUGGCGGAGCCGGGCCCCCCGAGCGAGCCGGAGCGCGCCCUGCGUCGCCGCCUGCCCUGCCGCCUUCCCCGUCGCCGGGGCGACAUCUACGUCAACAUGAAGACGGACUUCCGGGCCCAGCUGAGCCGCUGCCAGAAACUGCUGGCCCCCGGCGGCGGGGGCUGCCUCGAGAUCUGCAUCCACGGCCUGGGACUGGCCAUCAACCGGGCCAUCAACAUCGCCCUGCAGCUGGAGGCCGCCGGAGGCGGUGCCCUCCGCCUGGCCGCCAACACCUCCACCGUGCAGCUGACGGACGCCGCCGAGCCCGAGGGUGACCGGGACGAGCCGCUGGGCCAGGCCAGGCACAACUCCGCCAUCCACAUCCGCGUCCUGCGCGCAACCCCGGAGUAACGGAGGAGGAGGAAGGCCUGGAUUGGACUCCCUGUGUGUGUGUGUGUGUGUGUGUGUCAAACAGACUCUGGUGGGAGGGGAGAAAGGGAGAUAUUCACUUUGUGUCCGAUCCCUCUUUGUAUCCGUCCGUUC